GGUAUCUUAUUGCUUCCAACAUCUUCUAUGCCAAUGUAUAGAGCCCUGCCAUUCUUGGCUGUCCAAUCUACGGCCGUAAUUACUAAUGUACAUCUUCUCUAUCUCGGCUUCCGCAGCAUUAGUAAUGCUUCCAGCCAUGCUUGAUCGAGUAUCUCAUAAAUAACUGCUCCGACCACUGGUACACGACCCUUGUCACCAACCAAAUCAUCGUGUAGUCAUUUCGAAAUAUCUUAACAGAGUACCGAUCAUAUAAUCUCUCCGUACCUCUCUUAUCCUGCUACUUCCAGACCAUCAGCAAUGUCCCACCUCGAAUACUCUGCAUACCCGGGCUUCGGCACCCACGCCGCUGCAAACACACACUACAGCCAAACAGUGCGCGUCGGCGACAUUAUCAAAGUCGCCGGUCAAGGCGGCUGGAUCCACUCCUCCAGCCCUCCGGCCUUUCCCCCCAACGCAAGCGUUUCUUCCGAGAUUGAGCGCGCGUUCUCGAAUGUGCAGACGGCCCUCGUGCAUGCUGGAUCGGCUGGCUGGGCACAGGUUUAUGCUCUGCGAGUCUAUGUGACGGAGCUGAGCGAUGAGAUGAGUGCAGGUAUUAUCGGGGAGCUGCGCAAGUGGUGCCCUGGGCAUAGGCCAGUCAUGACGGUUGUGGAGGUCAAGGGGUUGUUUGCGGAUAUGCGGAUCGAGAUCGAGGUUGAGGCACACUUGGGAGGUUAAGAUGAAGGGAAAACAGGGGGAGGACUUAAGAGGUAUAUUUAUAUACAACAUAUGUAUAGCGUGCCUCCUAUCGGUGAAAUAUGUACAAUGAAUAUCCCUUUACC